AUGUCUGAACUGGUCAACUGCAGAGUUAUCUGUGGGUGCAUCAGUGGGUUAUUCAGUGGGCUUUUUGUGGUUUCUCAAGAAAUAAUCACAUUUGUGAUUCAGAGGGAGUUGAGCUUCGACGAGCUCGUGUCUGUCUCUGAUGCCGGCACAACACCAGCAGCAAACUACACCUUAUGGUAUAUAGAUUCAUACGAUAAACUAAAACCAUAUGCAAUUGCUAUAAACGGCUGCAUUGAGGGAUUUAGACUCUGCACAGCCAUUUCCAGCCAUUUCCCCUCCUCAAAAACAGUGAUUCCCUACAAGUCCACCUGGUUCUUUCUGCAGAAAAGAUGCAUUUCUUGCACAUGUCCUGAUACUUAUGACAAUGUGAUGCUGAAACGCCAAAGGAUUUAG